AUGGGCUACCAUAUCAACUUACUCAAAAACAAGUUCAAGAGACUCAAGAUCGAGGUGCACCAUAACAAGAACAAAAUCAGCUCUAAAGAACAUGUCAUCAAAAAUCGUGAUCCAAGUAGGCCAUUGAUAACGUUGAGAACAUUUGAUCCUGCAACAAACAUAGACCCAGUUGAAGUUGAGGAAACAAUUGAGGAAGAAGAUGAUGAGCAAGAAGAAAGUCCAACAGAACAAAAUGACUUUAUAGGGUUCUCGGAUAGAUCAGAAGGUGAUGAAGUUGAAACCCAUAGUCAGGAUGACGAUAACCACAAUAACACCGUUAUCGGUUCUACCAUUAGAAGUUAUAUCUCAGCUUAUAAGAAAAUAAAAUCAGGUCAAUCAAGUGUAACACUUGAAGUUAAACGUCAACAAUGCAAAUGCACAUGUCACAAUGAUGCUGAAGGAAGUUUGAGAAGCCCUGUGUAUCACAACCAGCAUUGUUUGAGCUUCUGUGACAAAACAAAUUACACCCCACCGUCUGUUAAUGAGGUUUCAGAAAAAGUUGUUAAUCAUGUCAAUUAUAUUGAGCCAAAAUCAAGGCUGCGCCGUCGGUUUUGGUUCUUCAAAAGAAGACACCCAUUAUCAAAGAUACCAGAUCCACCGACACCAAUUGAAGAAGAAGAUCCACCAAGUAAUUCAGAAUCAAUUAUUUCUGCUGUUGAUAGAAUUGAAAUCAUUGCACAAUCACCGGGAGGCAUUGAUCAAUCAUCUAUUUUUGACCAGCAAGACGCACAAGAAGUUGAAACUGAAAAAAUAGCAAAAUCAACAUCAUAUGCUAGAAGGAAUACAAAAUCUGGUGUUCCAUUGAUAGAUCUUUCAAGAUCAAAUAGUGGUUAUGCAAAGGAAACCCACUCACCAGCAUCGAAGCAACACAAAUCAAAUGAGCCAUGGAGAAUGAUAAUGAACGAUAUAUCAUUACAUGCAGCUUUAUUAUCAACAGGUUCAAAACCGGUCCUUUCGAAAUCUUCGUUAAAUUUGGUGGCUGACUUCACUAGCUCAAAACAUGAUCCUAACCAAAGAUCUUUUUCAAACAAUAGUUGCCAUUCAGAAUUGAUUUCAUUCAGAUCAAUACCUCCACUUCGACACCACCAACAACAAAUCCCAUCAUAUCAGUAUCUCCACCAGUCAGUAAAUAAUGAGAACCUAAUUCAAGACACAUUUUUUAAUGAUAAUGACGAUUCCGUCAUGUCGAAUGGACUUGAUAAAACUAUAGUUGAUGAAACAAGGAAACCAUCAUCAUCUGUACGCCAUUAUUUAGAAUCAAGACCAUCCACUCACAAAUCAAAAAUUUCAAUGAAUUCGGAUACUUUGGAGAAUGACCCACUCAAGGGUGCAGAAACUUCAGCAGUUUAUGGUGGAGUAUUUCAAGAUUAUAAUUAUUCAGAUGAAAGUGUGGAAGGUUGGAAAGAUGUUGAGCUGACAAGUAGAACCAAUUUGAUCAAAAAGGAGAAUUCAGAGCCCACCAAUCUCAGCAACGAAAUCUUACCAUUGAAUAUAGCAAAUAAGGGUCUUAGUCGAAUAUUUUGA